CUACUAAUUCAAACUAGUAGUAGUUUUUCCCUUGGUUAUGACGGUGCUAACUAUUGUACAAUUAGCACCGUAACCGCUCCCAAAUUCAACAUAUGAUCAUGUAUUCAUGAUCGAAGUUAAUUUAACUUAGAAUGCGGCGUUGUAGGAUCGAAACUUGGGUAUCAAUCAUGUCUCAUUUUGAAGGCUAUGUAGGGAAUAACUGGUGGAGGAAAUUAAAUGAUGACACCAACACUUGGAUCAACUUAUAUAUCCUUAUAUAAUCAAUCCUCUUUGUAAAAGAAAAUAGGGUUUUGUUUUAGAUCAAAUUGGCACUUGGGCUCUUGCUUGAGCAAGUAGUCCACAUGCUCUUGUUGCAAGGAGGAUCAGUGGACGACACAGCCCCCGAAAUAUACUCGUCUUCUCUGUAUAGAAAAGGCUUAAAAUGGCCUCUAGGAGAGGCUUUAGACGAGAGACCAGAGGGGCAGGCAGGGCCAGGGAGGGACAGGAUGGACCAAUCAACAAAGUGAUAAACCUUAAUUAAUUAGGGUUUGUCAUGAUGAUGCCAUGGACCAAAUCUUUAACAUGUUCUUUGUACAUUUGCUUUUGUUUUUGUUUUGCAACCACAGGUAAGAAAAUGAUAAGUUUUUUUUUUAAUGUGAUUUAUGUUUAAUAAUAUUAGUUAUAUGUUAUAAUAAAUUGAGUUUAUAGCAUCUAUUUAAGUAACUUUACAUUAGUAGAAUUAUCGGGGGGAAACUUUACAGGAUAAUCACAAGUUAUGUCACAUGUUCAUAGGAUAAACAGAGAAUUGAGUGGCUCAGAUCCACCUUCUCAUGAUCUGUACUGGCUAGUAUUGUUGCUUUAGAUACUAUGUUGAUAAUCAACUCAUUCUAAUAAUUUGAGUUGUUGGGAAAUACCCAAAACAGUGUCUUUUGUCAAUCCCUAAUAAGUUAUAAGCCCCUCAAAAUGUUAGAUAGUCCAUGAGUUACAAGUUUGAGCAUAGCGACAAUAUCAUACACGUUAAUCGUCAAUUAAUUUUGAGGAUCGACGUAACUAGGUACCUAAAUACGUAAUGACAAUCUUUAUUCGAUUGCUUUGAUAUCAUAUUGAGAAUCGAUUGAUCUCAAUAACUAAAGUUUAAAGAAUUCCAAAAUAAAAUCUUGAGUCGUUGUUCCAAACCUACAGUCGCACAAAUUGUCUUUUGACAAUGGAACCCCUUCUUUAAUUUAAAAAGAAUUCAAGAAGAAAAGGAAUCUUAAAACCAUGAGUAGUCCCCUCCUCGAAAUGAGGCUCUAUGAAAAAUUGUGCUGUCUCCCCUUUGGCCAUCUUUAGGGAGGCGUUAGGGUCCCAUUUCAACUCAUCAUGCCCUAAGGACCACCGGUCAGCUCCAGAUUCUGGUCCACACUUUCAAACACUGCCUUCCCCACCAAGCAAGCCCUAUGUUUCCCCUCUUCCAUUUUUUUUUUCUUAAUCCUAACCGUGUCAUCACAUCCGCACAACUUUCCCUCGCAUGAUCGGUCCAGCUCCGUUACUGCAGGCCCAAUCUAGACAGCAACUUCACCCAUAACCCAAGUUUACCAGCUAUGCUCCGCAAGUCCAUUCCUCCCUUCAAGCCCAAUUUCGUUAAUCCUUACUCUUCCCCAACAAUAUCCACAUCAGCGCAACAGCUCAGAGUUUAGCUAUGGGCCUCGGUUGGAUCCGAGCAAUUAUUGAGUUUGAGCUGUCACGCUGACGUGGAUAGUAAUCCAUUCCCAUUCGACACCUGUCCUUCUUUAUGCAUUCCUUUGUGCUCGCUUCCCCGACACGUGUCCCUCUCGCUCUCUACCGUCCUCCUUCCCCUUCCAUCUUUCUUCUUUUGUCCUCUCUGUCGACUCUUCCUUUCCCCAAUUUCUCCCUUCGCUCACCCUCUGUGUCUCCUCUCCCUUUCUAGAAGUAGAAACCCACACGUACAUAAAACCACCUCUCCUUCCCUUCCAAGAUGUCCGAAAUCAUCCACAAGAUGAAGGAGAAAGUGGGAUUGGGGUCUUCGGCGGCGGACUCAGGGAAAGGUAAAAGCAGAGUGGACAAGCACGUCACCCAUGGCUACCACCUGGUGAAAGGCAAAUCGCACCACCCAAUGGAAGAUUACAUCUUCGCCGAGUUCCGCAAAGUCGACGACAACGAGCUCGGCCUCUUCGCCAUCUUCGACGGCCAUCUCAGCCACACGGUUCCAGACUACCUCCGCAACAACCUCUUCGACAACAUCCUCAAGGAGCCCAAUUUCUGGUCGGAGCCGGAGAAGGCGAUAACCACGGCCUACCACGCGACUGACUCCGACAUCUUGGAUAAUGCAGGGAAUUUGGGGAAAGGCGGUUCCACGGCGGUGACUGCCAUUCUGAUCAACUGUCACAAGCUGGUGGUUGCCAACGUUGGGGAUUCUCGGGCUGUGAUUUCGAAGAAUGGCGUGGCCAAGCAGUUGUCGGUAGAUCAUGAGCCCGGUUUGGAAAAGGAAGAGAUCGAGAAUCGUGGUGGCUUUGUCACUAACUUCCCAGGAGAUGUUGCACGAGUGGAUGGGCAAUUGGCAGUGGCCAGAGCAUUUGGGGACAAGAGUUUGAAGAAGCACCUAAGUUCAGACCCAGACGUCGUGGUUGAAAUGGUCGGCGAUGACGACACCGACUGUAUCAUCCUAGCCAGUGAUGGCCUGUGGAAGGUAAUGUCCAACCAGGAAGCAGUGGAUGCUAUCAAGGGCGUGAAGGACGCUCGUGCAGCGGCCAAGCGGCUCACUGAUGAGGCACUCAAUAGGAACAGCUCAGAUGAUAUUUCUUGCAUAGUCAUUAAGUUCUAGGCUCUUAUAAUUUCAUCCAAUGUAAGAUUCACUUAUCAGAAUCUCGUUUGAGCUCUACUAUUGUAUCCUGUUAGCUUCUGGCUCUCUUUUCUUUCAUGUUUUUGUUUUCCUAGGAACUCUACCUUGUUCUAUAAUUGAUUGAAUGUUUCUGCUAAGUUUAUUAUUAAUUCGGGGCAAGUCUGUAAUUUCUGUAUAGUAUGAAGCACAAACGAGAGUACAGCGAUGUUUGUUUCUGCAAUUUUGUGCAAAUCAGAUCCAGAGACCAAGUGACAAAAUGUGAAACCACGGUACUCGAGAGUCGAGACUAGUGGAGAACAAGCAUGCCAAGGAACUUCAACCAUCAAAGAAAUGACAGAAAUGAGG